UGUUACGCUAGAGGUGAUUGCAAAAGUGGCGACGAUAGUAGUCCGCGGUGGCUCGCGUAUUCAAUUUUAUAAUCAAUUUUACAACGCAUUUAGUGCAAUUUUAGUGCAUAAGGUUGGUGUUGGUAGAAGAUUUAAAAAACCAAACAAACAAUGACCGAUUACCAGUCGAAGUACAACAUAAUCGACGAGAAGCCACCUCACAAUGUUCCACUGAAGGCGCAGUACAAGCGAGGAUUUGCUUACUACACCAUGCGGGAACGUUUACCAGUAAUCCUCACACAGGUUAUCGAUCAGCUUUCCAAGGACAAAGAACAAAUCGUGAAUCAUUUCGGCGAGGAAGCGCGCGAGGAGUUGAAACAUGCUAUUGGAGAAAUUUCCAAAUUGAAGUAUGAGCUGCAAACCGACAAGGAGCUGAACCCUAUAGUCAGUCAGCUGGGGGACGAGAAGCUGUGGAACGAUUUCAUUGAUUCGUUGGGCGAGCAAAAUUCCUUCUACUCUGCCUGUUGGCUGUACACCGAGACCUACAUGUACCGGCGGUUGAACAGCAUUUUUGAGAACACCUCGGCGCUUAAAAAGCUCGAUUACUUUCAGCAGCAAAAGCAUAAAGCGUUGACCAACUCGUACGAAGCGAUGGGCGCUGUGCUGCAGUCGAUUGAGAAUUUCAAUCAAGACGCAGGGAACAAAGACGAAACUGAAGUUGGUGAAUUUUUCCGGAAAAUGUUGAAGCUAAACUUAUGGGGAAACCGGUGUGAUUUGUCGAUUACUGCUGGCCAGGACGUGAAGCAAGACGGUGACCCGUUCAGUUUGCUGGCUGCACUAGACGAAUGCAUCGUGAGCGAUCAUACGGUCCCGGUGUGGGAAUGCGUUAAGGAUCUCACACAUUCCGGUGGCCAUAUCGUAGUUGACAUCAUUAACGACAAUUCCGGCUAUGAAUUGUUCACCGAUCUUUGUUUGGCAGAUUUCAUGAUCGAACAUCGGCUAGCACAGCGGAUCAAUUUCAACGUUAAAGCCAUUCCGUGGUACAUUUCCGAUGUCACUCCCAAGGAUAUGCAGUGGACGCUGGACACCUUGGGGGAUCAUGAAAAUCCACUGUUGAGUGCAUUCGGAAAGCGAUUGAAAAGUCGCUUCUUAUCCGGAGAACUGGUGCUUAAAGAGGUCCACAACUUUUGGACAUCGCCUUACGAAUUUUGUCGGAUGCAGGAUGUAUGUCCCGCAUUGUAUGAAGAACUAUCCCGUUCGCAAUUGCUGAUUUUCAAAGGUGAUCUCAACUACAGGAAAUUGCUGGGAGACUUCAACUUCCCUUACACAACACCAUUCCGGGACGCCCUGCGAGGAUUCGUUCCCACGAGUCUUUGUACCUUGCGCACUGUGAAAGCGGAUCUGAUCUGCGGCCUACAGGAAGGGCUUUCGGAUAAACUGGACGCCAAAGACGACCAGUGGAUGGUCACCGGCGAGUAUGGCGUCAUUCAAUUCGUCCGGAAGUGAAAAGAGGUGCUUUGCUUUUAAAUGUUUUCAUAUUUAACACAAUUUUUAGUACGAUUGGUCUCGUUUUUCCUUUGUUAGUUCAAUUUUUGUACCACAAAAAUUAACCAAAUCGGCAUUUUUGCUCUAUUUAUAAAUUUUGUUUGUGAAGUAAACGAUUUCGUGUGUUUCAUCAAAAACAUCCAUGUUAGCUAGUCGUUCAAAAUAAAUCCAGGCGCGCUGCAAGCUUCUCUCGUGGAGAAAGCGUGAAACUGCGAGCGGAAAAGUGCUACAAGCCACGACAUUUUUUUUUGUUAAGAAAAAUCAAGUCAAAUCUCUUGAAUGUGAGAUAAUAAAUAAAUAUCACGAAA